GGCAUCGAGAAAGAUCGAGGAGAGCUGGCCCUUCACGCAUCGUUCAAAAGCCAAAAGGAGAUCUUUCUAAUAGAUAUUGCUCGAUCCGUCGAUGCCAUGGAGGGAUGUGAAGCCCAAGGGGGAGGCGUAGGAGGAGGAGACACGGUGGACCCUUAGAGAUCCGCUGCUGUCCCUGUUCCUGACCUCGAUUUCUGCGUCCAUUUGGAUUUGUACGACUAGGAACAGGUGCGAUCAGCUAUUUGACGAUUGGAAUGCAGGCGAACCGGGCGGAAGCGACCCCCGUAAUCGGUCGAAGCGCCCCUGCGCCGUCGGACACCAGAGGGAAGCACCGGAUCUCGGCGGAGGUCAAGCGAUUGGAGCAAGAAUCUCGAUCCCUGGAAGAAGAGCUCCAACAGCUUGAGAAAACAGAGAAACUGUCUGCUGGACUGCAAGAAUUUCUGCUCAAAGUAGAGAGCAUUCCAGACCCUCUACUCCCAGAAACAACAGGACCUGCAAACACAUCUUGGGAUCGCUGGUUCGAGGGACCUCAAGAUACGCAAGGUUGCAGAUGCUGGAUACUCUGAUUCAAAUUGAAAGGGGAGGUAACAUGAUCUUUUGUUAUUUACACUGUUGACACGAUAUCAAUGGAAGAUAUGUUGGAAAUACAAAUCUGUUUCCAGAUUGAGCAUUAUUAUGUACUUUGCAGUUUCAGAGAUUUUUCCUAGAAAUGUUUGUGACAUUUUUUCAAUUCGUACUAGACUCUUAGCCUCUUAAAGAGUCACAUAUUUCUCCCUGCAGUGUCGGAGUUGUCUGCCUUACCCAUAUUUCCUGGGUUUCAAUUUUUGUGGUGCUGAAUUGACAGAACAAAGAUUUUCCAAGUCA